GGAAGAGGACUUAGCAAAGAAGACAUUUACCCUGACUUCCAAGUUAGCAAAUUAUGAUCGGCGUGUGGGUGUCUUGAAACCUCACUUCCUCACCUAUUAUGAACCACAAAAUAUUUGGAUUUUGUGCUACGAAAAAUUCAAUCAUCUUCUAAGUGAAAUAAAAAUUAAUGCUGAGGAUUUUGUCAAUGGCGAUUCUCGGAUUCUAUCUUUUUGGUGGCGCAGUUCCAUACGGGACCUUUUACGAACGAUAAAGCAUAUGCAUUCUUAUAAGUUGUUUCAUAAGGGUUUGAAUGGAAGUGACAAUUAUGUUGUUGUUUCCGGUCGAGUCAAGAUUAUUAACAUCCAAAGUAGUUUUGAAGAUCUUGAAGAUCCUCCUUCACAAGUAAAUGCGUUGAGAAUGAAUGACUUAAAAGCAUUUAGGAACAUGUUAAAGGAAAAAAUAAUGUUGCCAGAAGAUUCUUGGAUUGAUCGUGAUUCUUUCUUUGAUUUCUUUGACAAAGAAGAAUAUCCGUACCAUAUAUUUAUUGAGAAACUAGCAAGCCAUCCCUUUUUAUUAACUCCAGCUGAAAGAAUGAAGAGUUUUUACAGUAUACAUGAUUCUGCAAAUGAAAGCAAGUUCAAGAGAAGAUUAGAUGGUAGGGCAUUCUAUGAGUAUAGGGAAUGGAAUAGGAAAGAUAUGGUUCCUGAGUUCCAAAAGGUUUAUAAAAUUUUCAAUUCGAAAUAUGACGGUGAUUGUGUAUGGGACCUUCUAGAAUUUUUGAGAGAUGUAUAUGAAGAUGAUAAUCCUCGUGAUUUAAAUGCUGUGUACGCUGAGGUCGAAAGGUUGUACCCUAAUUUCUUGGAGAAGAUUCAUGCCAUCAUAUGAAGAUCAUGGUAUAGCUAGCCUCCCUUCCACUCAACUUGAAGAUAUGCUUUUUCUUGCUGUGGAUUUGGGGACUUUUUUUUUAAUCUUAUGUGCUAAGAAAUUAGAAGAAAAUAAAUUUUAGGAUUUGGGAAUUUUUUUUAUCGCAUAGUUUAGCCUUUAAUUUUGAAUUCUUCCUUACAUCAGCGUAGUGCAAGGAACAACAAAUACAAUUUCAUGUUUUGCUUUCA